ACCUGAAUUUAGAUUUUUACUUUUACACACAUGGUUAAAAGAAAUCGUUUUCUAGGAAAAAGUUGACCCAAACAGCGUGCUUAGAUUUUGCAACUAAAAAAAAAAAAAAACCAGUAUAUUAAUGGUGCUGUGACGUCAGAGCGCAGCCCACUAGUGGGGUGGGCAGGGAGCUGCAGAGAGAAAGAUGAGGAGCGACGGAUGAGGAGAGCUCCAGUCCGACCUAGUUCGGCUCCCAGUCCCGGGUCCGGCAGAACUGUUAGCCGCCUUCAAAGCCCCCCUUCUUCCUUUUUUUUAGGGGGUCUACAACUUUUUCCUCUUCCAUUCAUUUCUCGGCAGCACGUCGGGCUGAUGAGCUGCACCGCUCCGACCUCUUCCGCAAACUGGAUCUGUAUCCAGAGACAGAGAAGGUCGACGGAGUCCUUGCAAGGUUUCGGGAAAUGAACCGAACCAGGACAUUUCUUUUUCUUUCUUUUUGACUUGGAACGGUUUCCUCUUGCGCCCUUUUCUUCCAAGGGUUUUAAAUUGAUUAUAUAAAAGAAGAAGUAUUCGCCUUCCUGCGUGGGAUCAAUACUUGCUUUGGUCUUGAAAUUAAAAACAUCUGGACGAGUCCUGAGGUCCAGUUUGGCUUUAAAAUGCRUCGUGUUUGAAACGUCGUCUGGUUCUGUUAAGAGUCGUAAUGGAGUGUAAUCGCUUUAUUGUGGAAAACUACAUUACCCACAAACUCUCCAAGCGUGGGUACGCGUGGGGCUCUGACCAGCACCGUGGGGUCCGAGAAGAUGCUGGCCAGAACGGCUCUUUGGGGGACCAGUCCCCGACCCUGGUCCGGAGGUGCCGCGACGCACGACGAGGAGGAGGAGGAGRAACGGGGGGCCCCGACGCGGAGAGCGACCUGGACCCCUGCGGACGGGUCCCCCAGCAGCCCGAGCCGCUCGCGCACAUCCACAGAGUCCUGCGGGAAGCCGGGGACGAGCUGGAGCGCCUGUACCAGCGGGACUUCGUGGAGAUGUCGCGGCAGCUGGGGCUCGCCAGCGCCGCGGCGAAGACGCGCUUCGCCGAGGUGAUCGACGAGCUGUUCCGGGACGGGGUGAACUGGGGCCGGAUCAUCGCCUUCUUCGAGUUCGGGGGCACGGUGUGCGCGGAGUGCGCGUCCCGGGAGGAGAUGACGGCGCAGGUGGACCACAUCGUGGAGUGGAUGACGGAGUAUUUAAACGGACCUCUGAGCAGCUGGAUAGAAGAUAACGGGGGAUGGGAUGCCUUUGUGGAACUGUACGACAGACAUAAGGAGUCCGUCUUCAGCUGCUACUGGCCCUCCAUCAAAACCGUCUUCGGUCUGGCUGCGCUCGGGGCGGCCAGCAUCACCAUCGGAGCGUACCUCGCGCAAAAGUGAGCAAGCUCUCCUCCCUAUCAGCUCGUCGUCGAUUCUUACCGCUGUCCUCCUCCCCCCCAUCUUUGCACCUUUUUCCCCCCUCUCUCUCUCUCUCUUCAAAUAUUUUUUUAAGAUGCCCCUGACCCCCUCAGAGACAACCUUCAGACCGAAUCUGGCUCUCUUCAAAGCCUCGCUCAGAAAAACUCCCCUAUCCUCCUGCCUCUUCACGUCAAAACAGACACAAAUCAAAACAGCAGAGGGAACCAGAGGCACGGUCCGGAGAGCAAAGGAUGUCUGGAAAAAGGCGCAGCCGAAGGUGGAAUCAAACGAAGCUGAGGAAAAGAAAAGGAAUGCAUGUUUUGAUUUCCCGCCCUGCCUGCUUCUGUACUCGUUAAAGCAUGAACRUUGGGUUUUUAGUGUAGAUCUUUGCAUGUGUGGGGCUCUCGUUUAUUGGAGGGGUUGAUGGUCGAGGUGCAGGGACCGUGACUCCGGAGAAAAAAAGCAGCAGCAGAUCUGCGCCUGAGCGCUAAGGCGACGGACCCCCCCAGUCCCCACCCUUCAUUUGAACUGUGGACUCCAGUUACCUCCCUACAGCCGUUCUUCAAAAGACUUCCUGUACAGAACAGCUGCUCGCAACGGAAACGGCUCACUACAAACUGGCACAGAGUGGCUACGUUUCACUCCUCAGACAGCUCAGGUGAACACAUUGCACCGUUUAACUCCUCUGGCCUGUAACGGAGAGCAGGAAGUCUCAGCUUUCUUUCUUGUUUUUCUUUUUGCGUUGGUUUUAUUUUAUUUUUAAAUGCACGCCAAACUGAGCAGAAAACGACACAAUAAAUGCUUACGUUUCUCCAGUGAUGCAACAUAAAGGAGACCACCUUUGUAAAAGCAUCAAACAAAUCACAGCACAAAGCAACAGCUCUGUUUCCGUUGGCUGUCCGUUAAGUUUGCCGUCCCCCCCCCCCCCUGCACCGCUCCCACGUUCAGCUGCUGCCGACCCACAAAGACUCCGAGAAUCCGUUUCUGAUGCAGACAAAGUUGACGUGGACUGAGUAAUCCCCGCGAGGCCGCAUGUGACCGAGCGGAGACAACAGGAACAGGAGACGUCCCUUAUUUUCUCUGCCGAAGCAUCCGGGGACAGAUUUGUUCCUGUUUUAUUCAUGUUUGUCUUGUAUUACAGUCUGAUG